GCUCGUUUGAUUAUAUAAUUACCAAUUUAACCCUCUCGCCGCGUUUCUUCAUCCUUAGUUUCGCUAUCCCAAUCGUCUCUGUCUUUCUCUAUCUCCCACACAUCUUUUAUAUUUCAAUUUCGAGAUCUCUUUGACAACAACAACAAAUAAACGUCCCACCGAACACAGAGAGCGCCCCCAACAAAUCCUUCUUCUUCUUCCUCCUGUGCAGCAUUUUUGGGUUUUGGUGGCGUUGAGACAUCAUAAUGUCUAGCGUAGAGGACUUGAAAGAGAAACCAGUAGCCAAUGAGGCAGAGAAGUCAAUGCCAUCAUCACAGCAGGAGGAAGCUGCUAUCAAGAAUAAGUAUGGAGGGCUCAUGCCAAAGAAACCACCUCUCAUUUCCAAGGAUCAUGAGCGAGCAUACUUUGACUCAGCUGAUUGGGCUCUUGGAAAGCAAGGUGUAGCGAAGCCAAAGGGACCCCUGGAAGCUCUUCGUCCCAAGUUACAGCCAACGCAGCAACAGACGCGUUACAGGAAGUCUCCAUGUGCUCCAUCCGAAGGUGGUGAAGACGGAGGAGCUGCUCAGGCCGAGGGAGUUUCCGGCAACGAGGAGUAGGGAGAGAGAGUGAGAGAGAGAGGGAGAAAUGUGGGAACUCUUGUGUAAGAACUCUGUUAUAAUCGGAUAUUCUGUGUCCAUUUGAAACAACAGAUAUGGUUUUCAUUAAAUCUCAACUUAAUCGCAUAUCAUCUCUAAGUUCCAGAUAUUAUAUUUUACCCUUUCGAUCUGGAAUCUUUGUUAAUACCUAAUUGAAAAUGAUGCUAAACAUGCG